UUUUUUUUUUUUUUCCAGGUGGAAAAAAGCCACCGGAGCAUUUAAAGCUGCUGUUAAUCGGUGCACAGGGGACAGCAAAAAGUUCAGCUGUUAAUACCAUUCUGGGAGGAAAAGUAUUCAGUGCAAAGUAUAAUGUAGAUGGCAGAACUACACACAGUAAGACAUGCAAACGUCUGGUUAAUGGACGGGAACUCACAGUGGUAGAUUCUCCUGGAUGGUUCUACAUUCAUACCCUUCAGGAAACCAGUGAGAUAGAUAAACUGGAAAUUGAAAGGAGUGUGUAUCUCUGUGCUCCAGGCCCACAUGCUGUGCUGCUGGUUAUUCCUCUAACAGCAGCAAUCCAUGCAUCAUAUUUGAGAGCUGUCCAGGAACACAUGACUCUGUUUGGAGAAGACAUCUGGAAACACACACUAGUUCUGUUUACUGUGGGUGACUGGUUAGGGGGGAAGACUGUGGAGGAGCGAAUAGAGAGUGAGGAAGGUCUGCAGUGGAUAGUGAACAGCUGUGGGAACAGGUAUCAUGUCCUGAAUAACAUGGAUGAAAGUAAUACGAUUCAGGUAAAGGAGCUCAUUGAGAAGAUUGAAGAGAUGUGGGCAGGAAAUGAAGAUCCUUGUUAUGAAGUGGACCUGAACAGAGGAGUACAGAUAGAAGCUAAGAAAGAGGCUGGAGACAAUAUGGCCAUUAGGCUGAAGAAGAUUAACGAGAGAAAGUCAAGAGUCCUGAAAGAACUGAUAGGAGGUCAGCCACAGCCACUCUCUGGCAUCAGAAUUGUUCUUCUUGGCCAGAAGUGCUCAGGAAAGGGAAUGGCAGGAGAUAUGAUCCUUUUUAAAAGGCUAUUUGGAACAGCUUUUAAUACAGCUCAGUCGAAAAGGAACCUCCCCCAUGCAACAUGUAUGAAACACGAGGGAGACUUUAAUGGAGUAAAAGUCUUAGUUGUAGAAACACCAGGCUGGUUCUCGGACUCAUCACCACCUGACUGGAUCAAAGAGGAAGUUCUCCAAGGUGUCUCCAUGUGCUCUCCUGGACCUCAUGUUUUUCUCCUGGUUGUUCCAAUCUUCAGAUCUUUCACAGAGAAAGAUCUCAAAGCUAUGGUGGAGGUCUUAAAGCCAUUAUCAGAGAGAGUGUGGAGACACUGCAUGGUGCUGUUUACCUGGGGAGACUGGCUCAGUGACUUCCCUGUAGAGAACUACAUCGUCAGAGAGGGAAAGGUCCUCCAAGAACUUCUGGAGAAAUGUGGGAACAGAUACCAUGUAAGAAAUCCCAAUCGUUCUGAUAAUGCUGCUCAAGUCACUGAGCUGUUCCAAAAAAUUAUUGACUUGGUAAAACAAAACAAAGGGUUCUUCACAACUAAACUCAAACAAAACAGAAAACGCCCUUGGACAUAUAAACAACAGCAAUUCAUAGAGGAGGAGUGGAAUAAGAGGGAGGAGGAGCUAAUUGGGAAAGUGAUGAAAGCUUUAUCAAAUGAACCAGAGAAAUCAACGGUGUCCUCGGCAGCACAUAGCAUGGAUGAGUUUCUCAUUCCAUACUUGAGUGCAGAUGAACCCUCAGAACAACAAGCCCGUGUUGCUGAAUGGCUGACUAAAAAAGUGAGGAAGAGGGAGGUCAGCUCUGGGAUCGGCAGCAUUGGUUCCUCAAUGGUUUCUAUAGAAAACCUUGAUGAAAGUUCUCCAGUUGAUGAAAAUCCUCCAAAAAUGAGUUCCCUCCCACAAGAGAAUAAAGACGAUGCUUUGAAAACGCCCCCAACUCCUUCAGUGAUUAAACGCAGGAACUCUUAUUAG